CGUCGGCUUAGCCGAUUACAACUGCUCUGUGUGAUCUCUCCGGCCUCUCUGUCCUGUCUUGUUCGUAUCGUUUGCUCCCCUUCAGACUACACCAGCCAUCAUCAUGUCUUUAAUCACCGCCGGACGUAUGUGUGCGCGAAUCCUGGGAGUCAAGAACUCUCCUUGUGUUUUGAUUGCGGCACGACAGGCAAGCUCUUCCACAAACCUGAAAGAUGUCCUGGCAGAUCUCAUCCCCAAAGAGCAGACAAGAAUCAAGAAUUUUAAACAGCAACACGGAAAGACAGUCAUUGGGCAGAUAACUGUUGACAUGGUGUACGGUGGAAUUAGAGGGAUUAAAGGACUGGUUUAUGAGACAUCUGUGCUUGAUCCUGAUGAGGGUAUCCGUUUCCGUGGCUAUAGUAUCCCGGAGUGCCAAAAGUUGCUACCCAAGGCCCCAGGUGGGGAAGAGCCACUGCCUGAGGGACUGUUCUGGUUGUUGGUGACAGGAGAGGUGCCUACUCAAGAGCUGGUCAACUGGAUUUCUAAGGAAUGGGCUAAGAGAGCUGCUCUUCUUUCCCACGUUGUAACUAUGCUGGAUAACUUCCCCAACAACCUGCACCCUAUGUCCCAGCUGAGUGCAGCUAUCACAGCACUUAACAGUGAGAGUAACUUUGCCAAGGCUUAUGCUGAGGGUGUCAACAGAGCAAAGUACUGGGAGCUAAUAUAUGAAGACUCUAUGGAUCUGAUUGCUAAGCUACCCUGCAUAGCAGCCAAGAUUUACCGCAACCUUUACCGUGACAGUAUUGGAGCCAUCGACUCCAACCUAGAUUGGUCUUAUAACUUCACAAAGAUGUUGGGUUACACAGACACUGAGUUCACUGAACUCAUGAGGCUUUAUCUCACCAUCCAUAGUGACCAUGAAGGAGGCAAUGUUAGUGCUCACACCAGUCAUUUGGUGGGUAGUGCCCUGUCAGAUCCCUACCUAUCCUUUGCUGCUGCUAUGAAUGGACUAGCAGGUCCUUUGCAUGGAUUGGCCAAUCAGGAGGUACUUGUUUGGCUGACAUCCCUGCAGAAAGAUCUAGGUGGGGAGGUAUCAGAUGAACAGCUCAGAGACUACAUCUGGAACACUCUGAACUCUGGCAGAGUGGUACCUGGUUACGGACAUGCUAUGCUGAGGAAGACUGAUCCCCGGUAUACUUGUCAGAGAGAAUUCGCCCUGAAGCAUCUAUCCAAUGAUCCUAUGUUCAAAUUGGUGGCUCAGCUUUACAAGAUUGUGCCUAAUGUAUUGCUUGAGCAAGGCAAAGCCAAGAACCCCUGGCCUAAUGUGGAUGCUCACAGUGGAGUACUUCUACAGUAUUAUGGAAUGAAGGAGAUGAAUUAUUACACAGUUCUUUUUGGUGUAUCACGAGCACUGGGUGUCCUUGCACAGCUGAUCUGGAGCCGAGCACUGGGCUUUCCUCUUGAGAGGCCCAAAUCGAUGAGCACAGAUGGCCUUAUGCAGCUGGUCGGAACAAAAUCUGGUUAACUUGAAUGUAAACUUUAAGCUUCUCUUGUGUGGAGGGCUUGUUAAAGACAGUACACCUUUCGUAUCAAUGGACUGCUUUGCACCUCCCACUGUUUUCUGAGCGUUGGUGAGAAAACUUACCUGGUUAUUUAUGCUGAAAAUAUAAAAUCUUCUCAGUUCAUCCUAUUCUUCCCCCUUCAAUGCGGGAGAACCCUUUGCUCUCCGUCACUGUAGGGAUUGAUGUCCUACCAAUAGGAAUCAAAUCUUUGCAACUUGGCAGUGACUGAGCCCCACUCACCCUUUUCCAAACCUAACAAGUUUAUUCUUUUUGCCUAUCUACACAUCGGUCUUGGAGGUUGAAAUUGUCAUGUGUCUACUUUAAAAUCCAUUGCACUGUUGGCUGCUUACACUAUUUGGAGGCAGUGGCAAUUGCUCAAAACUGAUGAAAGGUCAUUUUUGUACACUUGCAAUAUGCCUUUUAUUCGUGUUGUGAGACUUUUUUUGCUCAAGGUUACAAAGCUGUUUUGUAUUCAGUUUUCUCACAGGCUUUAGUGGGUUUAAAUAUGUUUCUUCAUCAGAUUUUUAAAAUAA